AAUUGCAUGUCUUCUUCUUCCUUUGGCCACUCUCCACUUUCCUCUACACCUAAAACUUCGGACACAGAGAGAGAAAUAAACUGUUUCCGUUUCAAUGGCGGACGCCACUGUCAAAAACAACCGCACACCUCAUAUCCUCGCGAUCCCCUACCCAGCGCAGGGCCACAUCAGUCCGUUGCUCCAAUUCUCGAAGCGCCUGCAGAAAAAAGGAGCCAAAGUUAGCCUCGUCACAACCAAAUUCAUCGCUCGCACUUCUCACUCCAUUUCUUCUUCUUUCCCUCUCCUCACCAUCUCCGACGGCCACGACGACGGCGGUAUCGACUCCGCUGAGAGCAUCCAGAGCUACCUCGAUUCCCUCCGUCGAUUUGGAUCUGAGUCGCUGCGGGAGGUUCUACAGCAGCUCUCCUCCUCUGCUUCCCCUGUCAAUUGCGUCAUCUACGAUGGCUUCCUCUCUUGGGUUCUAAAUGUCGCGAACGAGUUCGAGAUUGGAAAGGCGGUGUUCUUCACUCAAUCUUGUGCCGUCGCGGACAUUUAUUACCAUGUUUACAAAGGAUUAGUCGAGUUACCUCUUCCGGAUAAAGAGAUUGAAAUUCCUGGUUUGCCGCCGCUGAAACCGCCGGAAUUUCCGUCGUUUAUAUAUCAAUUAGGAACAUAUCCAGCGUAUUACGAUGUGAUUGUGAAUCAGUACGCCAACAUCCAUAAAGCGGAUUGGAUUUUCUGGAACACAUUUUACGAAUUGGAGCGAGAGGUUUUGGAGUGUUUGAAGAGAAUAUGGCCAGCGAUUAGGACGGUCGGACCGAGUAUUCCUUCAGCAUUCUUGGACGGACGGAUUGAAGAUGACAGAGACUACGGGCUCAGCUUCUUCAAUCCGAACGGCGAUGCUAGUCUGAAGUGGCUUGACGGCCGCCGGAAAGGGUCGGUGGUUUUUGUGUCGUUUGGGAGUUUAGGGGCGGUGUCGGUAAAGCAAAUGGAGGAGACGGCCAACUGCUUGAAGAACUGUAAAUGCCAAUUUUUGUGGGUGGUCAGGACAUCGGAGGCGGCGAAGCUUCCGAGAGAUUUUAUGGCAGAGACAAAAGAGAGAGGGCUCGUGGUUUCGUGGUGCCGGCAAUUGGAGGUUUUGGCGCAUGAAGCGAUCGGAUGCUUCGUGACACACUGUGGCUGGAACUCCACAUUGGAGGCAAUCUGUUUGGGAGUUCCCAUGGUGGCAGUGCCGGGAUGGACCGACCAGACUACGAAUGCCAAGUUUAUCACCGACGUUUGGAAAGUGGGCGUCAAAGCUCCGGCCGACAGCGGCGGUGUUGUGGGACGAGAAGCUCUGUUGCAAGGCAUAGAGGAAGUGAUGGGGGAAGAAAAAGGCGGUGAGAUUAGAGAAAAUGCUGUCGUAUGGAAGGCAUCGGCCCUAAAGGCAUUUGAGGCUGGUGGAAGCUUCGAUGGGGUUGUCGAUGAAUUUCUUGCCAAAAUUAGUAGUCGCUUUUAGCUUUUGUUCUUUGUUCUUUAGGAUCAACAUUAGAUGAAGACUUCACAUAUGUCGAUCAACUUUCAUUUUCUGAACUUUUGUUGCAAUGUGUCUGUUUUGAGGACUAAAUUGUUGUGUAACUUUAUUUCAAUUUCAAACUUUUCUUCUUCGUGUUAUGUUAACUUUAUUUUCGAAUUCUAUAACAUAUUUGUAAGACUUUUACCUAUUGAAUGAACUUGGGUCAGUGUUUGAGAUA